AUGGAUUCGGUUCAUCAUCCAGAGAAUGAGGCCAAAGAUGCCAUCGAGACUAAGCAAGCUGGUGUCACCGACGUGGAUGCCGAGCUGCUCGAGGAGAAUGAUGACCUGAAAAGGCAGAACAUUGUCGCCGAACAGAAGGAACUUACUCCUCUCGAGGCCUUCAAGUGGAACGUUGAGGGGGAUCAAUCACCCUUUCCAGAAGUCGCUGCCUGUGUGCCAAACACCGAUGACCCUACCUUACCAUGCAACACAUUCCGGGCAUGGGUUCUGACCACGAUAUUUGUUAUGGUCUUCGCGGCAGUCAAUCAAUUUUUCAGUCUGCGAUAUCCAUCCCUCACUGUUCAAUAUGUUGUCGCUCAAUUACUCGUUUACCCAAUCGGACGAGGAUGGGAGAGGCUGCCGCGAUGGAGGAUACCUCUUGGAAGAUUGUCCUUUGACCUGAACCCGGGGCCGUUCAGCAUCAAGGAGCAUGCACUCAUUACCAUUUGUGUGAACAUCAGUGCCUCAAUCGCCUACGCCUCCAGCUCUCUCGUAGCUAUCGUCAUGCCACAAUAUUGGGGCAAGGACUAUGGGGCGGGAUUCUCGUUUCUAUACCUCUUGACGUCGCAAAUGAUGGGGUUCGGCCUUGCUGGCAUGUGCCGCCGUUGGCUCGUCUAUCCUGCAGCCUUGAUCUGGCCUCAAUCUCUAUCGUCCACGGUCUUGUUCCGUGCCCUACAUGAACCGCAAAAUACGGCACCCGCCAAUGGUUGGAGACUGAGUCGGUACAGCUUCUUUGGGUAUGCGACUUUGUUUGCCUUUGUCAUCUACUGGUUCCCCGACUAUAUCUGGACAACUCUCAGCGCGUUUGCAUUCGUCACUUGGAUUGCGCCGCACAACCAGAAAGUCAACACAAUCUUUGGUAUGAACUCGGGUCUGGGGCUGCUGCCUCUCAGUCUGGACUGGACGCAGAUUAACUACGCCGGAUACCCUCUCAUGACCCCGUUCUACAUUACCUGCAAUGCUUUUGCCGUGGUAGUCUUUUUCUACCUCUUCCUCUCCCCAAUCCUAUACUACAAGGAUGUCUGGUUUAGCGCAUACCUUCCUUUGCUCUCUUCUUCCACCUUCGACAACACCGGAAGCGAAUACAAUGUGACCCGGGUGGUUGACUCUAACGGUGACUUCGUGCUCAGUAAAUACAAAGAGUAUUCGCCAAUGUAUCUUUCCAUGUCGUACACGCUCACCUACGGCUUGUCCUUCGCGGCGGUGACAGCCAUCGUGGUGCACACCUACCUCUACAACGGAUCGGAGAUCUGGGCUAAGUUCAAGAACGCGCGUCACGGGGGUGAAGACAUCCAUCGUCGCUUGAUGCGUGCUUACCCUGAAGUCCCGGACUGGUGGUAUGGCGCGUUGUUCGUUGUCAUGGCAGGCCUGGGGAUCCUCACCACAAAGUAUUGGGAGACGGGUCUGCCGGUCUGGGGUUUUAUCGUGGUGUGCUGCGGAAUGGGCGUGGUCCUCAUUGUCCCAGAAGGCAUCCUUGAGGGGACAACAAAUCAGCGUAUCUUUCUCAAUAUCAUCACAGAGCUGAUUGCCGGGUACGCCUGGCCGGGCAAGCCCAUCGCCAACAUGAUGGUCAAGUGUUACGGAUAUAAUGCCGUCAAGCACGGGAUGGACUUUGCUCAGGACCUCAAAAUGGGGCAGUACAUGAAAAUUCCUCCGCGUGUUCUGUUCUUCGGACAGAUAUAUGCCAGUAUCCUCGCCACGAUGACUCAGACAGGAGUGCUCCGGUGGAUGAUGGGAAAUAUUUCUGGUCUAUGCGACACCGACAAUGCCCAGCGAUUUACCUGCGCCGGCGCCAAGGUGAUGUACAACGCCAGUCUGAUCUGGGGUACCAUUGGACCACAGCGGAUGUUCCAGUCCGGGCAAGUCUAUCACUCGUUGAUGUACUUCUUUCUCAUUGGUCCCGUUGUAACGGUGAUUGUGUAUCUGAUCUACCGACGUUAUCCGCAGAGUUGGGUCAAAUAUGUCAACGUACCCAUUUUCUUCAACGCUGCAGGAAACAUUCCUCCUGCCAAUACUACACAAUACUCGCUCUGGUUCAUCUUCGGAUUCCUGUUCAACUACCUCAUUCGCAAACGUGCCCUGGCUUGGUGGAAAAAGUACAACUACCUCUUCCAAGCAGCGAUGGACACUGGCACGGCUAUCGCUACCAUUGUGAUCUUCUUCGCCCUCGGGUACACGAACACCACCUUCAACUGGUGGGGAAAUACGGUGGGAUCGAAUACCGAUGAUGAGAACUCGGUGCCAUGGCUGACGGUGCCUGCCGGUGGUCACUUUGGCAAGGGGCCUGGGGAGUUCUAAUAGAUAUUGCCCAUUAGGGGCACACUGUGGUGGGGUAGCAUUGUUGAUACACUGCCGACACAAAUGUCAGAGUGGAAGAUGGUUGCCCCGUGGAAUUAGUAUAACCUCCAUGUAUGAAUUUGAGCGAUGAGAUCAAUAGUGAUUAUACAAUAAGAUGAUAUGUUAUGAAUCCAGGUGCCUAUCGCCUGGAGCAAGGUUAAGGAGCAAGCAAACAAGAUACCAGCGAGAUGAGUGGAGGCGUGGGGAGGAUGGUAGAGAAAUAGCACAAUCAAGACAAGGUAUACUUAUUCUCCGAUAACCACACAUCUACAUUAUGUAUAUUGAACGAUAAUAGAUAACCGCCGAGCAAUCAGAAACUGCCCUGAUCCGACGGAACCGAGUCCAGUGACGCUCUGACAACCACAUGGAUUGAUGCAAAUCAUCCCAGCCAAUGAAGACUUAUCCGUCAGCCGCAUGCGUAAGGCAGUGACAUCAAAUUCUCCUAAACCAAG